AUGGAAAAUACCAACACUCUCUACUAUUUUACGGUACAACUUGACGGCACAACCAAACAGAAUAUUGGUACUUGGCGGUUCACAGGUCACGGAAAAAAUGAAGCCAACCCCCUGCUGAUUCCCGAGGGGGUUUAUGAUACGUCCUUAGAGAUACACAGUCUUGACUUCAAACAAGGCCACAACCUUUUAACUAUACAAGGAGAUAUCACCGUGCUUCUUCCACAGAAGAAGGACAGCCUGACAUUGGGAAAUCAAAUUUUACGGUACUGGCUUCAAGUUGAAAAUCAUCUACAGGAGAACCAAGAAUGUUCGUUCGCGCGUGAUGACGGUGGUUUUAAUGUUGCACGUCCAGAGAGUAGCCUUAGCUACUCGACUGAUGGCGGUUUCAAUGUUGCACCCUCAGAGAGUAGUCAUAGCUACGUGACUGAUGGCAGUCUCAACGUUGUGCGCAAAAAUAAAGAUUCCUCUGCUUCUAAUAGCUCGAAGAAUGGUGGUCUCAAUGCUAUAUCUAAGCGCAAAGAUGUCUCUUCUUCCAACAAUUCGAAGAAUAGCAGUCUCAAUAUUGCGCAUAAGCACAUAGAUACCUCUGCUUCUAACAAUUCAAAGAAUGGUGGUCUCAAUGCUGUACGUAAGCAAAAGGAUCCCUCUGCUUCCAACAAUCCAAGGGAUGGUGGCUUCAAUGUUAAGUUCCAGAACGCCCGGAUUACGUUGUCCAAUGACACCAUGGACUAUCGCACAAUGGCGGCCGUGGGGAAUACCUCGAGCACGCCGUCUCCGGAAUUCGAGGCUGCACAUAGCAGCUUGAAUAACGACAAUUACGGCAAUGAAGAUACGGACUUGGACGUGGAUAUGAUAGCACUGAGAACCUCGGCGCAGAGCUUCACUCCACGCUCGUUGAUUGUCGGUCUCGGCAUCGGGACUCUGAUCGUAUUCUCCAAUACAUACUUUGGUCUUCAAACGGGCUGGAUGAGUCUCAUGACCAUGCCAUCGUCCUUGAUUGGCUUUGCCGUAUUCAAGAGCUUGUCAAAUCAUCUUUCCUUUCCCUUCACUCCCGUCGAGAAUGUGCUCAUUCAGACAGUUGCCGGUGCCGUGGGAACCAUGCCACUAGGCUGUGGCUUUGUCGGCGUCAUUCCCGCUCUGGAAUUUCUUCUGAGAGACGGCGAAGACGGCCCAUCGGGUGAUGGCGGCACUGGUGAAGGCGGACCACUGAAUGUGGGUUUCUGGAAGCUGGUGAUAUGGAGUCUUGGUGUUUGCCUGUUUGGCGCCAUCUUUGCCGUCCCGUUGCGGAAGGAGGUGAUUAUUCGAGAGAAACUCAGGUUCCCAAGUGGGACUGCAACAGCCUUGAUGAUUAGAAUGCUGCAUGGAACGUCUGCGGAUAAAAAGCCCGGGGAUGCGAAUCGACGACUUCUUGCGGCCGAGCACGAAGCGCCUGGUCAGAUGCGAUCGGCGUCAAAUACUCCCACCAGAAUACCUGUUUCUUCCGCAUCUACAAGGCCUAUUGUAGAGACCAAAGGUGAUGCACGUACCGAUUGGAGAUCAAAGAUCCGUUUGCUGAUCGGAGCAUUUGCUGUUUCAGCUUUUUAUACCCUAUUUUCAUAUUUUGUUCCCCAAGUCCGCGAUCUUCCCAUCUUCGGGCCUUCCCUUGCUCAGAACUGGCUAUGGACCCUAAACCCAUCUCCGGCCUAUGUCGGACAGGGGAUCAUCAUGGGUCCUUCGACUUCAAUGCACAUGCUAUUCGGGGCAUUUCUUGGUUGGGCGAUUUUGUCUCCUAUUGCCAAACAUAAUAAUUGGGCACCGGGGCCUGUCGGUGACUGGGCCGACGGAAGCAAAGGCUGGAUUAUAUGGGUGUCUUUGGCGAUCAUGCUCGCGGAUUCUAUUAUCAAUCUGGGCUGGCUUAUACUGCGCACAUCAUACGGGUCGUUGCCAUGGCUCAAAGUCAAGGUGCGGUCCUUCCAACGCAGUGACUUGGAAAGGACUGAUCGCUCGAACGUUGAAUACUCUGCUCUACACCCGCACGCUGAAGUCCGGGGAGGAUUUACAACUAUCAUCGAAGAAGACGAACGGGACGCCCCAUCUUCAGAACUGGUCUCCAACAAAACCGUUGCCAUAUUCCUACCGCUCACGUUGGUUUUGAAUGUUAUCUGUAUGCACAUCGCCUUUGGCGAUAUCAUUACCCCAUUCCUUUCAACUCUUGCCACUCUACUAGCAGUCCUUCUCUCGAUCAUGGGCGUUCGCGCCCUGGGAGAAACAGACCUCAACCCCGUCUCUGGGAUCAGCAAACUCACCCAACUCAUCUUCUCUCUCGCCACGCCUGCAUCAUUGCACACCCGACGCUCCGCCGUAGUCACCAACCUUCUCGCCGGCGCAGUCUCCGAAGCCGGCGCCCUUCAGGCAGGAGACAUGAUGCAAGAUCUCAAAACGGGCCAUCUACUCAACGCAAGCCCCAAGGCGCAAUUCUACGGACAAUUAAUCGGCAGCGUUUUCGGUGCCGUGCUCUCUACAGUAGUGUACAAGAUGUACGUCAAUGUCUACCCGGUUCCUGGCGACCAAUUCCAGAUCCCCACCGCUUUCGUUUGGAUUUUCACUGCGCGCCUGGUCACUGGCCAAGGUCUUCCGCCAAUGGCAUGGCAGGUCUCUAUCCUGUUUGGUGCAAUUUUUGUUGCUACCACCGUGUUACGAAUCGUGGCUUCUACUACUACAUUAUUUAGUGGUGGUAAUAGACGAGUGCCUCCAUCGUGGAUAUCGUUUGUGCCGGGUGGCAUUGCCGUUGCGGUGGGCAUGUUUAAUGUUCCCUCUUUCACGCUGGCGCGAGCUAUUGGGGGGAUUAUAGCUUGGUGGUGGGCUCGACCGAGUUCCCCUCCUCCGUCUGAUCGUGAAUCGAUCAACACGAACUUACCUCCUACUGCCGUUGGGGAUAUAGCAACCACUACCGAACAGAAUGAAACAUCGUCAUUCCUCAUGUCCGAAGAGGAAAAUGUGCAACCACCACCACCACUAGCAACUACCACCGUAAUACAAGAAACGACACCCACAUCACUCGUAGAUUCCGGUGAAGACACAUCAUCAUCCACCGUUGUUGUCCUCGCAUCAGGACUGAUUCUUGGCGAGGGUGUAUUGAGCAUUGUGAAUUUGAUUUUUGCCGGGUUGGGGGUGCCGCAUUUAUGA